CUCUUGUGAGGAAGUCGGAAGUUGCGGUUUGCGCUGCACCUUGGGCUCGGUUGUGUAGAGAGCUGGGUCAGCUCGGUAGCCCCACCAUGGUGAGCGAGUGGUUGCUCUCCACAGAUGGGGAAGAAUGGUGGGCCAAGACGAGCGAGGGGCUGCUGUCCCCAGGAAGAGAGGAUUGGCCGGCCAUGAAUGCAGUGACCUAUGAUGAUGUGCAUGUGAACUUUACUCAAGAAGAAUGGGCUUUGCUGGAUCCUUCUCAGAAGAAUCUCUAUAAAGAUGUGAUGCUGGAGACCUACUGGAACCUCACUACUGUAGGCUACAGUUGGGAAGACCAUAACAUUGAAGAACAUUGUGAAAGUUCUAGAAGACACAGAAGACACAAAAGAAAUUAUACUGGAGAGAAACCCCAUGAAGUUAUUCAAUAUGGUGAAGCCAUUGCACAUCAGAGUACUCUAAAAAUACAUAAAGGAACUCAUAUUGGAAAGAAACACUAUGAAUGUAAUCAGUAUGGUAAAGCCUUUGGAAGUCAUGGUCAUCUCCGAAUACAUAAAAGAACACAUAAUGGAGAGGAACCAUUUGAAUAUAAUCAAGGUGGUAAAGCCUUUGUAAGUCACAGUAGUCUCCAAAUACAUAAAGGAACACAUACUGGAGAGAAACCCUAUGAAUGUAACCAAUGUGGGAAAGCCUUUGCAAGUCACAGUAGUCUCAAAAUACAUAAAAGAACACAUACUGGAGAGAAACCCUAUGAAUGUAAUCAAUGUGGUAAAGCCUUUGCAUAUCGCUGUACUCUCCAAAAACAUAAAAGAUUGCAUACUGGAGAUAAACCGUAUGAAUGUAGUCAAUGUGGUAAAGCCUUUGCCCAAAUCAAUAAUCUUGAAACACAUAAAAGAACACAUACUGGAGAGAAACCCUAUGAAUGUAAUCAGUGUGGUAAAGCCUUUGCAUAUCACAAUUAUCUACAAAUCCAUAAAAGAACACAUACUGGAGAGAAACCCUAUGAAUGUACUCAAUGUGGUAAAGCCUUUGCAUUUUACAGUAAUCUCCAAAUCCAUAAAAGAAGACAUACUGGAGAAAAACCCUAUGAAUGUAAUCAAUGUGGUAAAGCCUUUGCUGAACAGAGUCUUCUUCAAAUGCAUAAAAGAACACAUACUGGAGAGAAACCCUAUGAAUGUACUCAAUGUGGUAAAGCCUUUGUAAGUCAUGGUCAUCUCCAAAGACAUAAAAGAACACAUACUGGAGAGAAACCCUAUGAAUGUACUCAAUGUGGUAAAGCCUUUGCAAGUCAUGGUCAUCUCCAAGGACAUAAAAGAACACAUACUGGAGAGAAACCAUAUGAAUGUAAUCAGUGUGGUAACGCCUUUGCAUUUUACAGUAAUCUCCGAAUACAUAAAAGAAGACAUACUGGAGAGAAACCCUAUGAAUGUAAUCAAUGUGGUAAAGCUUUUGCUGAACGAAGUCCUCUUCAAAUGCAUAAAAGAACACAUACUGGAGAGAAGCCCUAUGAAUGUCCUCAAUGUGGUAAAGCCUUUUCACAACUCACUAAUCUUCAAAUGCAUAAAAGAACACAUACUGGAGAGAAACCCUAUGAAUGUAAUCAAUGUGGUAAAGCCUUUUCACAACACAGUCAUCUUCAAAUGCAUGAGAGAACACAUACUGGAGAGAAACCCUAUGAAUGUAAACAAUGUGGUAAAGCCUUUGCACAUCAGAGUACUCUCCAAAAACAUAAAAGAUUACAUACUGGAGAGAAACACUAUGAAUGUAAUCAAUGUGGUAAAGACUUUUCACAACUCAAUAAUCUUCAGGCACGUACAAGAACACAUACUGUAGAGAAGUCCUAUGAAUGUACUCAAUGUGGUAAAACCCUCACAUGUAUCAGAAGUCUUCUAAAUCAUGAGAAAAAAUCAUCCUGCAGAGAAACCCCAUGAAUAUACUCAAUGUGGUAAAACCUUUGCAUGUAUCAGAAAUCUUCUAAAUCAUGAGAAAAAAAAUCAUACUACAAAGAAACCCUGUAAUUGUAGUCAGUGUGGUAAUGUUUUGCAUUUCGUGAUAGCCUUUUACAAGAGUAAAUUUUUAGUUUGCAACCAAUCUGUUAAUAUCACAAUAAUCUUUGAGGAUCUGAAACACUAAUACCAGAGGGAAUAUGACGAUAAAAAAUUUGGUAAAAUUUUUAGCCAACACACUUUUAUUCAGUUAAAAAAGAUUAUUUAUUCUGAACAAGAAAAAAUCUGACAAUAUCAACAAUCUUGUCUAGCAUGAUAAUGUCCAUUUUUCACUUUGUUUGUACCUUCAAACUCAUAUGGACAAAAGCCCUACUGAUUUACAAAAUAAAUCAUUUUUCCAAUUAGGGAACUCUACUACUCAAAUAUAUUUAGUCUUGUUUGACACAGUUAAGUCAGCUCAGAGGUUUGAGAAACAGGCUAUUGACUGUCAUGUCAGGUUACAGAUAUCAGCAACCAACACGUGUUUAUGGACAAGACAAUCAGUCUCUUAUUAAAGACAUUCCCUCUACUAGGGAAGGGUGUAAUCUUCAUUUAAAUCAAUAUAGCUACAUGUUUUAUUUUAGAAAUAAAUUACUUUUAUCAUUGUAAAAACUCAAUUGGUAUAGUUUUUGAAAUUUCAUGUUCUUUAAAUGCAUUCCUGCUUUUUUAUUUUUAUUCUCCAGUGUUUCUCAGUCAUUUAGAAUGUCAUUUUUCUGAAGUGCUACUGAUUUAUUUUGUUAUGCUUAGAGCAAUAUCUCCUGUAGCCCAUGCUUGCUUUGAGCUAUGUAGUUGAGAAUUGAUUUGAACACACCUACUCCUGCCUCUGCUGCCCAGGGCUGGGAAGAAACUCCUGCAACCCUUCCAGGCAGGGCCUUGACUGGUCAGUGAGGAAAGGGGUUUCUUCUUUUGGCAGUAGUUGAGAUUAGCAAUGUAGAAUCAGGUAAUCAAUUUUAGAUGAUCCGUAAAUGUCCUGACUGGCUGUUUUUUGGGGUCCACAGACCAGGGCAAUCAAGAAUCUAGAUAAAGGUCUGAACUUAUAAUGAAGCCAAAUAACUGUAGUAACACUAGUUCAGCGAAUACAGAUGAUCUGGAUAAAAUGGUGUGACCCUGCCUAACAGGACUGUUAUUUUCCUCAUUUAAGAUGUUCAAUCUGGGCCGGGCAGUGGUGGCGCAUGCCUUUAAUCCCAGCACUCAGAAGGCAGAGGCAGAUAAAUCUUUUUGAGUUUGAGGCCAGCCUGAUCUACAAAGUAAGUUCCAGGACAGGUUCCAAAAGCUACAAAGAGAAACCCUGUCUCAAAAAACAAAACAAAACAAAACAAAAAAAAAGAUGUUCAGUCAGAGAGAAAAUAUGUGAGUAAUCCUUGGUGUGCUCUCAUACAAAUC